AUGGUGGAUUUUCCGAAGAAGAGCCUCCAGGACUGGCAAGCGCAGGCAGCCAGGGAGUUGAAGCGGGACUCGCUCGAGGGGCUGAGCUGGACGACGCCCGAGGGUAUCGAGGUGAAGCCGCUCUACACGGCCGCCGACCUGGAACGGAUCGCGGGCGCCGAAACCCUGCCCGGUUUCGCGCCCUUUACCCGUGGACCCCGUUCGACGAUGUACGUCGGGCGGCCCUGGACGGUCCGGCAGUAUGCGGGCUUUUCCACGGCGGAGCAGUCGAACGCCUUCUACCGCGCCAAUCUGAAGGCCGGGCAGAAGGGCCUGUCGGUCGCGUUCGAUCUGGCGACCCAUCGCGGCUACGACAGCGACCAUCCGCGCGUGGUGGGCGAUGUCGGCAAGGCCGGCGUCGCGAUCGAUUCCGUCGAGGACAUGAAGAUCCUGUUCGACGGCAUUCCCCUGGACCAGAUGUCGGUGUCCAUGACCAUGAACGGGGCGAACGACAUCCUCAAGGAGUUCAUGGUCCGAAACACCUACAUCUACCCGCCAGAGCCCUCGAUGCGGAUCGUGGCCGACAUCAUCGAGUUCACGGCAAAGCAGAUGCCGCGCUUCAACUCGAUCUCAAUCUCCGGCUAUCACAUGCAGGAGGCUGGCGCGACGGCGGUUCAGGAGUUGGCCUUUACCCUGGCGGACGGCCUGGAAUACGUGCGCGCAGCCCUCUCCAAGGGCUUGAAGGUCGAUGCCUUCGCACCGCGCCUGUCCUUCUUCUUCGCCAUCGGCAUGAACUUCUUCAUGGAGGUGGCGAAGCUACGCGCCGCCCGCAUGCUUUGGGCCCAGUUGAUGGCCAAGCACUUCGAUCCGCAGGAUGCGCGCUCCCUGAUGCUGCGCACCCAUUGCCAGACCUCCGGCGUGUCCCUGACCGAGCAGGAUCCCUACAACAACGUGGUCCGCACGACGGUGGAGGCACUGGCCGCAGCACUGGGCGGCACUCAGUCGCUGCACACCAACGCGCUGGACGAGGCCGUCGCCCUGCCCACGCCCUUUUCCGCCCGCAUCGCGCGCAACACGCAGCUGAUCCUGCAGGAGGAAACCGGCAUCACCAAUGUCGUCGACCCCCUGGGCGGCAGCUACUACGUGGAGAGCCUGACGCACAGCCUGGCCGCCCAUGCCCUGCAGUUGAUCGACGAGGUCGAGGCGCUCGGCGGGAUGACCAAGGCGGUCGACACCGGCAUGCCGAAGAUGCGGAUCGAGGAGUCCGCCGCCCUGCGUCAGGCCCGGAUCGAUCGCGGCGAGGAAACCAUCGUCGGCGUCAACAAAUAUGCGGCGGACACCGCCGAGGAAAUCGAUAUCCUCUCCAUCGACAACGCCGAGGUCCUCACGAAACAGGUCGAGCGGCUGAAGGGCGUGCGCAAGAACCGGGACGAGGCGCAGGUCCGGGCGACGCUAGACGCGCUGUCGACCGCGGCGGAGACCAAGACCGGCAACCUGUUGGAGCUUGCCGUCAAUGCGACGCGCGCCAGGGCGACGGUCGGCGAGAUCUCGGAUGCCCUGGAGCGGGUCUUCACCCGCCACAGGGCCGUGGUCCGCUCGAUUUCCGGUGUCUACGGCUCGGCCUACGAGGGCGAUGAAGGUUUCCGGCGCAUUCGCGGAGAGGUCGACGACUUCGCGAAGGAAGAGGGACGGCGGCCCCGCCUGCUGGUGGUCAAACUGGGACAGGACGGUCACGACCGCGGCGCCAAG